UACAGGUGAAGAACAAAAACAAAUUAUGUGACUUAGAGAUUAUACAUCGAAGGCUUCACUAACAACAUUGUGUGGUAUAGGACUUCGAAUGCGUACAGUCAUACCUAUUGUUGAGGUCUGAAAUGGUCCCCCAAAUGUGUUCAGUUAAAAACAUAGUAUGCAAAGAGUGAUAGGUCCCCGAAUAAUGGGAGGAGUUUUAUAGUGUUAUUCAAGUGCAUAUGCUGAUCAAAAAUGAUGCGAAAACCGAAAAGUGCUCCCCCGCGGAUGAACUCAAAAUAUAUCAGUAGCAAGACAAAUGCCAGAAAAGAAAUUGAAGCGUGGGUUAAAAAGGAUGCCGAUCCACUGACUGGAAAUUUUGAAGCAUCACGAAUGUCUGGCCAGCUUACAGAUAAUGUAACUGAAGAGAGAAUGUUAAAAUCUAAAUUAUGGGAACUUUCUAAGGAACGUUAUAAAUUCCUGUCACAGAAUUCAUACGAUAAAAAAGUUUUCAUUGACAGAAUGAUGAGAAAAUCAUCUGCAAUGCGACGUGUUAUGUCAGCAAGACAAAACGGCGAGACACCUGGACAGGAUUCAACGAAAAGUCGUACAAAUAAUGCUCGUUAUGCGCUUUUGGAACGAAUGGAUCCUACUAACAAUCGAAAAAAACCGCCGGUACCACCAGGAGACGAUAAUGAAAAAAAAUGCGUAAAAUUCACAGAAUCAACACUGAAAGGGGCUUCAGCUUCACUUUCGUCGGAUUCGAGCUCAGAUUCCGAACCCGAUUCCGAAUCUGAAUCUACACCUGUAAUACGGUCGAAUCUAAGACCCAUAGACAUGCUGCCUAAAGCCAUGGGAUCUGUGGUGAGGGAAGUUAUUGAACAGAAGAUUAUCGAAGAAAAGAAACCGUGGUUGGCGCGAGAUAACAGAAGUGGUAUACGCCGGAAAGUAACUCCCCUUGAUUUUAAUAAAGACCCGCGAUAUGCCGAUUUACAUCACAAACUCUGUCCCGUGAGUAAGAAAUCACCAAGCGUUGAUAUUCGAACAGUGGUCAACAAGAUCGAAUCACUUCAUGUUCAACCGAAAAUGCCUAAAGACGGCAAACCGAAAGUACAAAUGAAAGCUUUCAUGAGGCAAAAAGGUUAUGCGUUUCUAAACUAAACGAAUAUUUAAAAAGACAAAUUGUUCAGUAUUCUGGGGUUGCUCAAGCAUUUGUGCACUUUCAGAAAGGCAGCAAAAAGUUUCCGUUUUCAACACGUGCUCGAGUAACAGAGCCAACCCCAACCUUCAAACAAUAUAAGCACCUACAUUAGGAGUACAAGAGCGCCGUCAUUUUGGAUUCACUUUGAUGUUUGGAUUUAAUUGAUACCAUUAUGUUUUAGUCUAUGUUUUGCUGUCCAUUCUUCCUGCAUAGUGCAUGACAUGUGUCAAACACG